GAAACCGCCGUGUCAGUCACCACUGGACUUUGACAGGGGCAAGGGCUGUGCUCUGCCCUCCCACCUGUCCCCUUCCAGCGCUGCUGAGGUUCUUGCUGAGGCCAACCGGAUACGUCCCCUGGAGUCUGGAGCCCCACAAUGAGACCCCAUGGUGUCCUCUGGAUCCUGCUCGGAUUGCUGCUAUGGCCAGAGCCCAGAACAGCCUCCUUGCCUCUCGUUAUGGACUCCGUCAUCCAGGCCCUGGCUGAGCUCGAGCAGAAGGUGCCAGGGACCGAGGUCAACCAAAGUGCCUCUGCGUGGCUUCUAUCAGCCCAGAGCUCUGGGCCUGUCCAUCCCCUCCACCACCUCCUGCUGACGAUGCCAAAUCUCAAGGUCACCGAGCUGCAGCCCCCGCCACUGAACCCAGAGCUUCAGGACCUGGCUGAGGAGGUGGCCCGACACGAUGUACGGGACGGGCGGGAGUACGGGGUGGUGCUGGCACCUGAUGGCUCCACUGUGGCUGUGAAGCCUCUGUUGGCGGGACUGACGGCCGGACUACAGGUGCACAAGGUCUUAACCUUAACCUUGCCCUCGGAAAGCCUGGCCACCCCUCAGGAUGCUGAAGCCACCUCCCCUGGACCCACAGGUGCUUCUCCAGAUAUCACCCCUACAGAUGCCACAGCCACCUUACCCAAAGGCAAAACCAGAUCGCUCAGUGCUAGAGACAGCUUCCUGACGGUCACCCUCGCUGCAGACCUGGGCCUGGCCUUCCUCCAGAGUCCCCCAAACAAGAGCCUCCCGGGCCUGGGAACUGACGGCUGCUGGGACCAGCUCUCUGCCCCCCAGAACUUCACACUGCUGGACCCCAAUGCAUCCGUGCUGACCACGGCCUUCCUCAAUGGAGCCCUGGAUGGUGCCCUCCUCGCAGACUACCUGAGCAGGGCCCCUGAGCCCCAGCCAUCCCUCAGCUGCUUGCUGAGCGAAUACUAUGGAGCUGGGGUGGCUGGAGACCCCGAAUUUCGCAGCAACUUCCGGCGGCAGAAGGGGGCUAACCUGACUUCCGCCUCCAGCCUGGCCCAGCUGGUCCUGGGGACUCUUGUCCUACUACAGAGUAUGGAGCCGGGACCAGCACAGCUGCAGAACAUCAGCCAAGAACAGCUGGCCCAGGUGGCCGCCCACGCUGCCAGGGAGUUCAUGGAAGCCUUCCUGGGAUGCCCAGCCAUCCACCCUCGCUGCCGCUGGGAAGCGGCGCCCUACCGGGGCCGCCCGACGCCACUGAAGCUGCCGCUCGGGUUCUUAUACGUGCAUCACACGUUCGAACCGGCGCUACCUUGCACCACCUUCGAACGCUGCGCCGCCAACAUGCGCUCCAUGCAGCGUUUCCACCAGGACACUAGAGGCUGGGAAGACAUCGGCUACAGUUUUGUCGUGGGCUCUGAGGGCUACGUGUACGAGGGCCGAGGCUGGCACUGGGUGGGCGCACACACGCGCGGCUACAACUCCCGCGGCUUCGGCGUGGCCAUCGUGGGCGACUACACCAAGUCGUUGCCCAGCAAGGCCGCGAUGCGCACUGUGAGCGACGAGCUCCCGAGCUGCGCGGUGCGAGCCGGCCUCCUUCGGAGCGACUACCAGGUCCUGGGCUACCGCCAGCUUGUGCACACCGACUGUCCCGGCCAUGCGCUCUUCCGCCAGCUGCGCACCUGGCCGCACUUCUCCGAGACUGGAAACUAAGAACUGCCAGGAUGGCCUCUCAGAGAUCCAGGAGGGCACUGCCUCUCGUGGGCAAUUCUUCCAGCAGCUGCAGGUCUCCAAUAAAGUCACCAUAGAAAGAAAA